CCACGUGACCGCGUCGAGCAGACGACAGUUUGCCGGGCCUGCACACAGUAUUCAGAGUCCGACUGAACAACUGACAACACGCAAGUAUGUCUGCCCUCGUUGGAAAGUGGAAGCAAGUUGAGUCUGAAAACUAUGGCGCAUUAUUUGAUGCAUUAGGUGUCCCGGCUGAGACCAAGGAAUUGUUCCUGGCCAACAAGGCGGAAGUUGAGAUUGGCAAUGAUGGGGACACUUGGAGCAUCAAGUCCACCGUGAUGGGCAAGACGCGUGAGGACAAGUUCAAGCUUGGGGAGGAGACAGAUGGCGUCUCCAUCAUCGGAUCUCCAAUCAAGUUUACAACGACCUUGGAUGGAGAAGCACUGGUGGAAGUGGGCAAGGCCCAAGGGAAGGAAGUCACGACCAGGCGGGAGGUUAAAGGGGGACAACUGGUGUCGACCUUCACGCUCGGCGAUGUAGUUGCGGUCAUCAAGUCCGACAAAGCCUAAACGAUCUCUCCUGCGAUGAUGGGGUUCUUGGACAUGGCUAGAAACCUACUGACUUUAAAACGCGCAACGACAAAAUGCAAAUGAACAUGUGUGUGACGUGUGUAUACCACCGGGGAAGCAUAGUGUGAUAUGAAAUUAUCUCCUCUUGUUUGAGACAUCAACCUAAUGGUAUUUGGUUUACUGAGUGUUCAAGCCCCUUUUGUAACGAUACAUACAAUUGCACAGAUGUUUGAAUUAUUGCUAGAAGAGGUACAAGUCUUUUGCCAGAAGAGCUGAAGUUCCACCAAGGACAACUGCUGUACAAAUCCCGUGUGUAUUGUACUGCUGCAAGAACUUCUGUUUUAACAAAAUAAAGCUUACCACCUUU